CGAAGGCGUAAACCCGUGUUCCAACAAACUGUUGGCUCGUCCGUGUUCUCCCCCAUAAUAGGGGGAUCCUCCCUGAAGUACCUCGCAAGGUUGAGCGUGGUCAGCCAAAAUAACAUCCUUUGCUGCCAUAUUUUAAAGCCAACACCUGUGAACUUUGCCGGUUCUUUGACAUAGUUUGCAGGCAGCAUGACAGUAGGAUGUCCGACCGGUGCGGAUGUGAAGACACCCGUGUUCGGUCCAAGUGAGGGAAUGACCGGUAUGGCCGAAGCCAUGUUCGGUCCGAGUGGGGUGACCAUUACGGCCGUAGCUGCGGUUGGUCCAAUAACCGAGGUAACCGGAGCGGACCCCAUAGUCGCGCUCGAUCCAACGAAGGUGGUGAUCGGAGUGGACCCCAUGGCCGCACUCGAUCCGAAAGGAAUGUUGAUCGGAGUGGCCUGCCCAACAGAGCCACCCAAUCCAGCCGAAACGUUCACAACCGGAGUCUCGGAACUACUCCCGUUUCCGCGAUUCAAGGACGUUAUGCACUGGGCUGCGAGGACAUUAUGCACUGGGCUGCGAGGACAUUAUGCACUAGGACAGAAUGCAGCGAGAUUUUCAGCAAUGGAUGCGUUCUGUUCGGACUGCAAGAGGAGUACGGAGGUGGUGUUCGACCACUCCGCCGGCGACAUGGUCUGCUCGGAAUGCGGCCUGGUCCUCGAGUCCCACUCCGUCGACGAGACCUCCGAGUGGAGGACCUUCGCCAACGAGUCCGGCGACAACGACCCCAAUCGCGUCGGCGGCCCAACGAAUCCCCUCCUCACCGACGGCGGCCUCUCCACCGUCAUCUCCAAGCCCAACGGCACCACCAGCGAUUUCCUCUCCUCCUCCCUCGGCCGCUGGCAGAACCGCGCCUCCAACCCCGAUCGCUCCCUCAUCCUCGCCUUCAAAGCCAUCGGCGUUAUGUCUGAUAGGUUGGGUCUUGUAGCCACAAUAAAGGAUCGCGCGAACGAGAUUUACAAGAAGGUUGAAGAUCAGAAAUCAAGUAGAGGAAGAAACCAAGACGCUAUUCUAGCGGCAUGCAUAUACAUAGCUUGUAGACAGGAGGACAAGCCUCGCACUGUAAAAGAAAUUUACUCUGUCGCGAAUGGUGCAACCAAGAAGGAGAUUGGCCGGGCAAAGGAAUACAUAGUGAAACAAUUAGAGCUUGAGAUGGGUCAAUCGGUUGAUAUGGGCACCAUACAUGCAGGGGAUUUUAUGCGGCGCUUUUGUUCAAACCUGGGAAUGGCAAACCAUGCCGUUAAAGCUGCCCAAGAAGCUGUUACAAAGUCAGAAGAGUUUGACAUAAGGAGGAACCCUAUAUCUAUUGCCGCAGCCGUUAUAUACAUAGUUACCCAACUUUCAGACGAUAAAAAACCUGUCAAAGAUGUGUCGCUUGCAACAGGCGUAGCAGAAGGGACAAUAAGAAAUUCCUUCAAGGAUCUGUACCCGCACCUCUCAAAGGUUGUGCCGAGUUGGUAUGCCCAGGAACAAGACCUCAAGAACCUCAACAGCCCAUAGCAUAUACCGCUUCUUUGUUUAAUCCUAACCUGCAUUACUCUUGUAUCCAAUUGUCUGGUUUUUGUUUCUGAGGAUCUCCGCAUUAUAAACCUCAAGUGCAAAUAAUCCUCAUCAUGUAAUCACACUUGUGAAAUUCUGAACAGUUUGGGCUCUAAUCUUUUGAGUCUAUGAGAUAUUGUCUUUUGCUCUUGUAUGUUA